ACAACGCUUAAACAUUUCGCUCCACGCUUUUGUCGAAGCGUUCAAAACAGAAAAAAAAAUAUAUACAUCUUACGGUAUGCGGUUGCAAUUCUCCUAUAAAUGUGGAUGGGCAUUUGGAAAGGCGAGAACUUAAAGUGAAACUUUCGAUUUUCCGAACUUAUGGUUCCUACCACGCUAAAUUUAUACAGAUCAGGGAGGUGAAACUAGAAAUGUAAAUAAAAAAAAGAACCGCCAUAACUUCUUUUUUUCCAUACCGUGAAGUCCAAGGCCACCGUUUCGCUUGGGGUACGCAGAUUGAAAGUUCGAGUUCGGCGACUGCUUUUUCGAGCAAUUUACCUGGCUUUUCCGUUGUACUUUUCAGUCGGAACUGAAUCACCCCUUGCACGUGGAGCGACGGUAGUGGUUGACAAUGACUUUCAAAACAUAAACAUUCAGCGAUUUCUUCAUUUUCAACAAUGAAGAAAAAUAAAUAUAAAGAUGAUUAAAAUCCUCAUUGGCCAGGGGUUACCUGCAUCUCCAGAAAAAUGGACAAAGUUCCGAUCUUGAGGCGUCUUCCUAGGCGCAUGGUUGUGUGCCUGCACUUUACGUGUGCAAUUCUUGGAGCUGGCGCAUUGUUCACUCUUUACUUAGAAAGUGAGACUACAAUCACUUCAACCGUCCCAAAUGUCUUGACGACUGAAAAAGUGGCCUCUGAAUCAUCGAGAAACCCCCGAUUUUCAUCCUCAAAACAAGAUGCAAAAAUUGUGCCUCCAGGCUGGUCCUGGACAUCGAGUUAUAUCAUUCCAUCAACAAAUGGAACGAAGAAUUCUGAUUCUCUUACGAGCAAAAAUAGUUCAGUUCCACUUGCUUCUCGCCAUUACACAGCAUUCCAUGAUAAAACUAAAUAUAUUUAUGUGAAUUCUGCUUCAACCACUUCUACUUACCGUCCAGCAAGGCUCACAUAUGGUGUCGUUAAAAAAAGACCCACCCCAACGCCAAUCCCUGACACCUGUCAGUCUUCUAGUAUGACAGAUGUUAAACUUAUCCUCCUCUGGACACCUUUCUUUGGCUUUUGGGGUUACUUUCCUCAAGAGGGCUUUCAACAGUGCAGCCGUUGCCGAAAUUGUCAGGUUACUACUGACAGGUCCAAACUCGAAGAAAGCGAUGCAGUGAUAUUCCAUGCCAGAGACAUGUCGCUUUCUGAUUUGCCACCAGUUAGAUAUCCUCAUCAGCGCUGGAUAUACUAUUGUUUAGAAUCUCCUCCUUAUUCAGAUUUUCCUGGACUGCUACAUAUGAGAAAUAUGUUCAAUUGGACUAUGACAUACAGAUCAGAUUCUGAUAUUGUUGUACAGUAUGGAAUGGUUGUGAAAACUCACCCAAGGAAAAUCGACAUGCAGACCUUACUGUGGUCAUUCAGAAACAAAUCUAAAUCUGUCGUGUGGAUGAGUAGCCACUGUCCUACAGAUGGUGGCCGCGAUUCUUAUGUAAAAGAACUGCGCAAGUACAUUGACGUGGAUGUUUACGGAACAUGUGGUACUUUGAUUUGUCCACCCGAAUCCACAGGGAAAUGCUUGCAAGAGUUCUCCGACAAGUACAAGUUCUUCUUGGCUUUUGAGAACACCAUCUGCAAAGAUUACAUAACAGAAAAAUUCUUUAGAACUUUGAAAUACAACAUCAUACCUGUUCUGUUUGGCGGCGCCAAGUACGACAAGUUCGCGCCACCGGCUUCGUACAUAGAUGCCUUAAGCUUUAAAUCUCCUAAACAUUUGGCAUUCUUCUUGUCUGGUGUUGGCAAAGAUUUUAAGCUCUACAGCAGUUAUUUCCGAUGGAAAAAGAACUAUUCUGUGGUACUUAGCAGUCAAAAAGAAUGUGAUUUAUGUGCAUUAUUGCACAGAACUGACUUGAAACCAUCUUCUUAUUACGAUAUAAGAAAAUGGUGGGUUGGCGAGUCCAACUGUCGAACAUGGAAACCAAAACGAUGAAAACUGACUAUUUUGAAACUCAUGAUGGUAUUCGUCCCAAUGAUACGAAAGAUUUUUCCAUUUGUAGCUACGCCAGGAAAUCGUAACUGAUCAUAUUUGUUUGUGUUUUUAUAUUUUUAUUUUGUUAAAAUAUAUUUUUUAUUGAUUUGUGAAAAAAAUAGCUUAUUUUGUUUAUGACUCACAUUUUUUUAUUUAAUUAGAAGUAAAUAAAAUCAUAUCUUUGUUUA